AUGGUUUAUAAUGAUAAUUACGAAUCAUCGACCGAAUCUUGUUCAAUUGGUGAAAGUGACGAUAUAACCCCUGCAAUAAUGGAACCAAUCAUUAAAAAAAAUAAACCAGAAAAAACUAAGGCCGAAAUUAGAACAACUAACGCAGUAAAAACAUCGCCAGGAAAACAAAUUAAACCUAUAAAGAAAGAUUCUGAAAAAUCCAGCUACAUACUUUUAAUAAGAGAUAGUAGAAUAUUAUGGAAACAUUUUAAACUGACGCAUAGCUCCGAAUGCAGGCGGAUACGAUGUUUAACAAACAAAUGUAUAUCGGACAUGAUAGCUAUGUUGAUAUUUUGUGGUUGCGGUGGCAUGAUAUUCAAAUUCACAGAAGGUGCAUUUGAAAACUUUUACAAAUGUGGUGUGAAAAGGGUAAAACGAGAUUUUAUCGAUCAGUUGUGGCAAACUAGUAUGCACAUGAGGGAGGAAGAUUGGAAAUCGCAAGCGAGGCAUAAGCUCCGAGCUUUCGAAGAAGAACUGCACACUGCUCACGAAGCCGGAAUGAAGACGUACAGUGGUCAGAGAGGAUGGAGCUUUCUCAACGGGGUCGUUUACUGCCUGACCGUCGUUACCACCAUAGGGUACGGCCAUAUUUCACCUGUGACCACAACCGGCAGGGCCAUAACUAUUGCGUACGCUAUAAUUGGCAUACCCAUGUUUCUCAUUCUGCUAGCAGAUUUUGGUAAAUUGUUCACGAGAUGCAUUAAGUUUGUGUGGGCCUUUGUACGAAGAUUAUAUUACACGGGGUCGUGUAGAAAAGUUCGACGAACUGCGCCUGUUCAGGAGGUUAUGAAGGGUUUCAACAUGAUCAACGACUUAGCACAUUUCAGGCGUCCGAGUCAACCGAGCGGGCCCAAUAUGACAAAGACCGAUCCAGAAUUGACGCCUUCUGGUGGCAUGCGCCUAUCGCAAUCCGCCCCCAGUGGAAUGCCACAGACCCCUUACCUUACAACCCCCUCGGCAGGAGCAGAAACGCCACAAACACCGGCGCCGUCCGCAUUCGAAAUAGACGAUGAAUUUAAUUUGCCAAUAUCAGUCGCCAUUUCUAUACUAUUAGUUUAUAUUUUCAUAGGGGCUACUAUUUAUUACAUAUGGGAAGACUGGGGAUUUUUCGAAUCGUUCUAUUUCGUAUUCAUAUCGAUGUCUACCAUCGGUUUUGGUGAUUUUGUACCACAGCAUCCCAUUUAUAUGAUGGCAAGUAUAGUAUACUUGGUGUUUGGAUUGGCUUUAACAUCUAUGUGUAUUAAUGUUGUCCAAGUAAAACUAAGCGACAGCUUCAGACAGGCCAGUGCAAAAAUAGGUGCAACCAUUGGUUUGAAAAUGGCAGAAGAAGAAGCCAGUGCACAAGGCACCCCACCAGAGGUGGAAAUCGCAGAAGUUCAUGGCAGCACUUCCAAAACGAGGAAUAAAACUUAA